AGUUGCAGCUCGCGAUUGGUCGCUGUGUUGCCAUUGUUGAUAUAUUGCCAAGGCCUCACUUUUCCGUUCACCUUUCUCAUUUUAGAUGCCAGCUCCAUCGCUGAUCAACUGUCUUCGGUCUGUCCCCGCAUCUGGCGGAGAGGGAGAAAGGAGGCAUCUUGGGAAGCGCGGUGUAGCCUUCAUUGCUUCUGCACUGAAGGAGGAGGAGGAGGAGGAGAGCUUUGAAGUGAAGUUGAAGAAAGCGUGAUGAUCCGUCGUGGUUGUUGCUGCAGUUCGUGUUGUUGACUUUUGACUUCGAUUCUGCUCCCAAUCUUUUUCAUUUCCCUUUCUCACCUCGAUUCUCAAGCUUAACAUUCGCCUUUCUUUCUCCCUAAGCAUCGUGGGUUGUUAUUACCUCUCAGCCUUGCUCCUCAGGGCAAUAAAAGAGCAACCUUUUGAGGAAGUAAUAGGUGUGGUGUGGUUUUCUCGAGCCCUACUUGCGUUGUUUGUGAGAGAGUGAUAAAGAGCUGCGGACUGAAGCCGUAAGUGUAGUUGCCGUCCUCUCGAAUAGCGGAAUAAAAGAGCAAUCUUGUUGCACGGUCGUCUUGAACCCUCGACCUUGUUCGCUAUUCACUGCUGGUUUCUCCUUGAAUCUGUGGUAGUUUGAUUGGCUAAUUGGUUGUUUGGUGGAUUUCCUUGGAAACAUUGAGAUGGACAGUGAGGAGCAUUGCUGCGUGAACGUCGCUGUUCACAUCAGGCCACUCAUUGAAGACGAGCGGCUGCAAGGUUGCAAGGAAUGUGUCGUCGUUGUCCCUGGAAAGCCGCAGGUGCAAAUAGGGAGCCAUUCUUUUACCUUUGAUCAUGUAUAUGGGAGUACAUGUUCUCCAUCCUCUGCCAUGUUUGAUGAAUGUGUUGCUCCACUUGUUGAUGGUUUGUUCGAUGGAUAUAAUGCUACUGUUCUCGCAUAUGGGCAGACAGGUUCAGGGAAGACAUAUACCAUGGGAACUGGAUUCAAGGAAAGUUCUCAAACAGGCCUUAUCCCCCAGGUCAUGAAUGCACUGUUUAGCAAGAUCGAAACUUUGAAGCAUCAUGCAGAAUUUCAUCUACGUGUCUCAUUCAUUGAGAUUCUGAAAGAAGAAGUGAAAGACUUGCUAGAUUCUACAACUUUUUGCAAAGUUGAGUUUUGCAAUGGACAAGUAGGAAAGGUGGCAACACCUGGGAAGUCUCCAGUACAAAUACGUGAAUCAUCAAAUGGCAUAAUAACACUUUCUGGGUCCACUGAAGUUGAUGUUAGCACCCAAAACGAAAUGGCUGCAUGUCUAGAGCAAGGUUCUAUUAGUCGUGCAACUGGAAGUACAAACAUGAACAACCAAUCAAGUCGGUCCCAUGCCAUUUUCACUAUCACAUUGGAGCAGUUGCAGAAAAUUAACCCAUGUUACACAGCUGAUGGUUCUCCAAUUGAGGAGAUAAAUGAAGACUUUCUUUGUGCGAAGCUGCAUUUGGUAGAUCUUGCUGGAUCAGAGCGAGCAAAGAGAACAGGUUCAGAUGGUCUUCGGUUCAAGGAAGGGGUUCAUAUCAACAAGGGUCUUUUAGCUCUUGGCAAUGUCAUAAGUGCUCUUGGAGAUGAGAGAAAGCGUAAAGAAGGUGCUCAUGUCCCUUAUCGUGAUAGCAAGCUAACUCGACUAUUGCAGGACUCUCUUGGUGGAAACAGCAGGACAGUAAUGAUAGCAUGUAUCAGCCCAGCAGAUAUCAAUGCAGAGGAAACACUUAACACACUGAAAUAUGCCAAUCGAGCUCGCAACAUUGAGAAUAAGCCCAUUGUUAAUAGGAACCCAAUAUCUGAUGAGAUACAGAGGAUGCGCCAACACAUUGAAUCUUUACAGGCAGAACUGGCCUGUUCGCGUAGUGUAGGAACUACAUCUGAUGAGAUUAAGGUUCUGAAAGAUAGAAUCUCUUGGCUAGAAGCUACCAAUGAUGAUCUAUGUAGGGAGCUCUAUGAGUACCGUAAUUGUCAAUCUAGUGAGCAUUUUGAAAAAGAUUUUCAGAAAGAUAGAACCAGCUUUUCAAACAUAGAAGGGUUGAGAAGGAGCUUGCAAAGCACCGAAAAGAUAGGCUACGAAAUGGUUGAGAUCCUAGAAGGUGAUAGUUCAAGUGGAAGCGACGAAGAAAUUGUCAAAGAAUGGGAAUACCAAAUGUCGCAAGAUUUGAUGGGCAAGGAAUUGAAGGAGUUAAAUAGGCAACUAGAGCAGAAAGAGUCCGAGAUGAAAAUGUUUGGAGGUAACUGUCUCAUCCUUAAACAACACUUUGGAAAGAAGCUUAUGGAACUUGAAGAAGAGAAAAAAACAGUUCAGCGAGAGAGAGACAGGCUGCUUGCUCAAGUCGAAAAGCCUUCUGCCAACACUGAUGGUCACACACAUAAAUUGCCGGAAAACUACUUGCAGAAACUGAAAACCCCGGAAACACAGAUUAUGGAUCUUAAGAAGAAACAGGAGAACCAUGUUCAACUUUUAAAGCAAAAGCAAAGGAGUGAUGAAGCAGCAAAGAAGCUGCAAGAUGAAAUACAAUUUAUUAAAGCUCAAAAGGUUCAAUUGCAACACAAGAUGAAACAAGAGGCAGGACAGUUUCGCGAUUGGAAGGCUUCUCGUGAGAAGGAACUUCAACAGUUAAGGAGAGAAGGAAGGAGAAAUGAAUAUGAGCGAAAGAAACUUCAGGGCUUAAAUCAGCGACAGAAAAUGGCUCUUCAAAGGAAGACAGAAGAGGCCGCAAUGGCUACCAAGAAACUGAAAGAAUUGCUAGAAGCUCGUAAAUCCUCAUCACAUGAGAACCCUGUCUUUUCUAUGGGAACUUCUCCAGCAAUUCAGAUCAACGAAAAGACCCUACAACAGUGGCUUGAUCAUGAGGUAGAAGUUUUAACGCAUAUGCAUGAAGUUCAAAGUGAAUACGAGAAGCAAAGUAAAAUGAGAGCUUCUUUGGCAAAUGAACUUUCUUUUUUGAAACAAGAGGAUGUUUUGUCCGCGGUUGUCAGCUCUCCGGGAGGAAGGAAUGGAAACUCAAAAUUAUCCACAAUGUCUCAGAGUGCACGAUUAGCGAGAAUUUCUUCACUGGAGAACAUGGUGGCUGUCUCUUCAAACACACUUGUUGCAAUGGCUGCCCAGCUAUCAGAGGCCGAAGAACGAGACCGUGCAUUCACCGGACGUGGAAGAUGGAAUCAGUUGCGGUCCCUGGGCGAUGCAAAGUGCCUGCUUCAGUACAUGUUUAAUGUUGCUGCAGAUUCAAGAUGCCAACUGAAGGAGAAGGAAAUUCACGUCGAUGAACUGAAAGAACAACUAAAUGAGCUAAUUGGUCUUCUUCAACGGAGUGAAGCGCGAAGAAGAGAAAUGGAGAAAGAGCGAAAAUUGAGAGAGCAAACUGUUGCAAUUGCAGUACCCACAUCGUCUCCAAUGAGGUCAAAUGGCUCACUGAAGAACUGCACCGAACAAAAAUCAUCGUCUCCGAUACCACUCCCAGCUCAAAAGCAACUAAACUACACUGCUGGCAUUGCCAGUAGUCCAAUUCGUGGAACUGCAGCAUUCAACAAGCAGCAAAUGAAGAUGGCCCCAAUUGGGCAUUUGAGCAUGGGGAAGAAGGUAGCAGCAAUAGGACAAGGAGGCAAGCUUUGGAGGUGGAAGAGAAGUCAUCACCAAUGGCUGCUUCAAUUCAAGUGGAAAUGGCAGAAACCAUGGCGAUUGUCGGAGUGGAUUCGACAUAGCGAUGAAACAAUAAUGAGGAGUCAGCUGAGAACUCAUCCUCUUCGGAGUAUCGUUUGAACCAGUACUACUUUUCUGAUGCAUAGCAUGCUGACUACUGCAUCAGCCCUUAAACUAGCAAUUCAACUAAACUCUCCAGCCUGAAGAUGCAAAGCAUUGGGGGAAAAUUUUACUUUAGUGAUAUUGAUUUUUUUCCUAAACAACUUAGACAAAUCACUUCUUUUAGAAUUAUGGAUGAGUAGUUUUCUA